AUGUUGUCCCUCGUGGAAAAGCUAGACUUCGUGCCCGCCCUGCUUUCCAUCAUCCUCACCGUCGCCUGGGCCAUCAUCUCCGGCCUCUGGCGCUCGUCUGCUCAUCCACCCACUCUCCUGCUUCAUGUAGGUUACGCCGCCUUCCGCAAGGCGACUGCCCGUCUCUCGGUGGCACAGAUGCAGGCGGUACUGCCGCCCUCCAACCGCAUCUACGAGCGCUACGUGCGCCGCUCGCGCAUCGCCCCGGAGACGGUGACUCUGCCGCACGAUGCCCUGGGCCAUUGGAUCGGGUCACACCCUGCGUCCUCUCCUCCCUCCAGCGACGUCAAAGUCCUGGUGUGGUUCCACGGCGGCGGGUUCGCCCUGCCCGCCAAUGUCGGCUACUUCCACUUCUUCGCGCGCCUGACCGCCGACGCCCGGCGCGCAGGGAAAUCCGUGGCUGUCUUCAGCCUCACCUACUCAUUGGCACCCGCGGCCACGUAUCCCACCCAGCUGCGCCAGGCCGUCGAGGCCGUGCGCUACGUGCUGGACCAGGGCUACGCGCCCGCGCAAAUCCUGCUAGGCGGGGACUCUGCCGGCGGGAACCUCGUCGGCGGCGUGCUUUCGCAUCUGGCGCACACGCAUUCCGCCAUCACCCCGGUAACGCUCCCCGCCGAGGCCAAACUAGGCGGCGCCAUCAUGAUCGCGCCCUGGGUCAGUAUGAAUACCGACUACGCGGGCGAGGAGAUUGACUCGCGCGGCGAUCUGAUUACCCCGGCGGUGGCUGGGCCCUGGGCCAGUGCGUACCUGGGCACCGCGACGCGGGACUUCUAUACGGAUCUUUCCACCGCACCGACGGACUGGUAUACCAAGUUCCCGGUGGAGAGGGUGCUGGUGUGUGCCGGCGGCAGCGAGAUCCUGUUGCCGAUCAUCCGCGAGUUCGUGGAUAAGUUUCGGCAGGGGUUUGAGCGGGUCGAAUUUUGCGUAGGCGAGAGAGAAGGUCAUGUGGCGCCUAUCUAUAAUCUGUACCUGGGUGAUCAGACAGAGACAGCGCAGGGGAAGAGGGUGAAGAGCUGGUUGAGGGAGGUUUUAUAGGGUCAUAUAUAUACGUACAUUUAUCUAUAGAUUUCCGUUUUGUACGUUAUUUGAGAAUCCUUGUCAAUGGGGGUUAUACUGCGCAUCUACUAUAUAUUAAUAAUGGCUAUGUGGAAUCAUGGGGACAGCACAUAUGGAUCAAUAAUGUAUUGGUAUGAUUAGGAGGGCGAUCUUGAGUCACAAGCCUUUUGCAAGUGAUUUAUAAUAAUCAUUAUAAGGCUACUAUAUAUUCUUAAUAUUCAUAAUCAUAUGGAAGCAAAAAG